AUGCCAGCCGGCAUCCAGCGCCCGCGCAUCCAGCACCGACGACAACACUCGACCCCAACCGUGUUCGACGCGGCUACAGUACGCCCAUCACCUGCUAAGAUCCAACGACGAUCACACCGCACCGGCAUGAGCUUGGACCUACGCGGCCUCAACCUAGAGCCCAUCCAUGCCGCGGCGCGACAAGCCCAAUACCAGGAACUAACCCAACAGCCAGGACCUUUCGAUGUCCCAUCCUUCCAGCAGGAGGACAGACAACCAUCACAGCAUUCUAUGCAAGUAGCGCAGCCGCACAGACAGCCCCAGCCGGGCCCCCAGGAAGCCUUUUUGGCAUCCCCAGUACAGAUCUCCUCCUCCACACCACGGACCCCGCGAAGGUUAAGCCGUCUGCAGUCUCCCAAGCAGCUCCCAUCCUCCCCCUCUAGACCCCCCACUGAACAGCAAUUGAAAGAACUCCACGAGCACAUUCAGUCUGUGUAUGGCUCAUGUGGACAAGUCUUCAUCAACAUAUUACCCACACCCACUGCGACGCCGCAAAAGCCGGUGCAGUUGCAGAGGCAUGAAUCUUUUGUUGCCAAUGCUCACUCGAAUUUGUCCGUCAUGACCGAUGUCAAUCUCGAGCCCACUCCAAAGGCCAUGACCUUUGACUUUGAGAACCCGGAAGUGGACCUCGGGUACGACUCAUCCUCCUACUACACCUCCGACGCCUUGUCGCCAUCGCCUGCUUCUUCGCCACGACAAAAGUCAGUCCAGGCCUUCUUGGAGAACAUCGAGGAGAACCAAGAGAUGCUCUUCUCACAACCACCCGCGCUGUUGCCUACUCCCCAUGACUCAAUGUCGAUGAACAGCUUACCAGCAUCCAUGGAACCAUUCUCGCAGCCCCAAAUCUUCAACGACCUCGAACUGGACGCUAGCUUCGAGUACACGGGUAUCGCGCCGGAAGAAGUUCAGAGAUACAUUAGCGAGCAAGAUGCAACAACCGGCAAGUGGACUUGCCUCUACCAAGGCUGCGGCAAGGUCUUUGGACGAAGGGAAAACAUUCGGUCACACGUCCAAACACAUCUUGGUGACCGCCAAUACAAGUGCAACGGAUGCGGCAAGUGUUUUGUUCGACAGCACGACCUGAAGCGCCACGCAAAGAUCCACUCUGGCAACAAGCCCUACAAGUGCCCGUGUGGUGCAGGCUUUGCACGACAAGACGCCCUUACACGUCACCGCCAACGAGGCAUGUGCGUCGGUGGAUUUCCCGAUGCCGUUCGACGACACGCAAAGCGCGGCCGACCGAAGAAGAACCGGCCAGAGAUGGAGCAACGCGUCGACAAGGCCAACAGGGCGCGACGAGCUCUCGUAUCGGCGCCUUCAUCCUCUGCUGGCUCACCGCACUCGGACGAUCGAUCUCCUUCACCGCUAGUUGGACUUGAGUCGACCGAAUCUCACGAUCUACCCCAGCUGCUUUCAGGUUCACAGAACUUCAACGACCCUAUGAACUCUUCCGUAGAUCCUUUCAGCUUUGAGGCAUCGUCAAGUCCUUACGCUGAAGGUCCCAACCUUGCUGAGUCGAGCUUUACAUCGACCGCCUAUGAUGGCGAUUCAGCGUCUAUGAACAUUUUUCAACAACUCUCUCAGCAUUCGCAUACACCUCCAAUGUCGCCUGCUGAUGUGCGUCCGCCUUCUGCCGACUCCACCAAGGGUUCGCACGUACCUGUCGACCCUAGUCCUCUGAAAGUAUCGUCCUCACCCUCGCGGUCGUCGAUUCAAUCGAGUCAGUUCACAACGCCGCCAACCUCUCCGGUUGACCCCAAGGACAACAUUGAGGAACUCUUCGACUCGAUGCCCGAUACUUCGUACUCACAGUUUGAUCUUGAGAUGAAGGCAAUGGGCGACUUCACUUCUUUGGACUCGUCUCCGUACGACCUCUUGGACUUUAGUGUCUAGAGCAGUCUUGCUAACUUUACGACAUAUGCGUGGAGCUGUAUGAUAUUGGUUUGGGAUCUUACGAACGUAUAAUGACUUGGCGUUCGCAAAUCUCUGGAAGAUGUUCCGACGCAUUGCUUUCAAACUUUCGGGGCGGGUUCUCAAUUUUUUGGUCUGGUCAAGCGUUUUAUUUUGGUACGAAAGAAACAUGUUUCGCUUCUCGUUUCGGUAUAAUAGGGGCCGCAAGGUGUGGGAUUACGCUCCUUUGUCUGGCAUGUUUGAUUUUCACAAGGCGCAUAUGGUUAGGAUAUUUGAUGGUUGAACGCGUGAAUGAGUGCAGGAUGUCUGCCGCGACAUGUCGCUAUGACAGACGAACGCCUCGGAAGAAAUGCGACAACGUUGAAGGGCUUCUCAAUUGAGAAGCAUCU